AUGUCGGGACGCGGAAAAGGUGGCAAGUGUGCUGCCAAGGGCAAGAGCUAUGAGAAGGGCAGAAGCCCUGGCAAGAGUUCGCCUCCGGACGACUAUUUUGAGCUCAAGAACAGCAAGGUUACGCUUGGAGAAGACAGCCGGGAUGAAAUCUUGGCCUUGAUUGCAGCUUUCAGACGAGGCCCCAAGGCUGAAAAGCCCAAGGAAAGAGACGGCUUGGAAGAUGAAGGCGAUUCGGGAUGUGAGGAGGAGGAGUCGCCGACCUCCAACCGGCAAAAGCGGAAAGAGCAGAUCCGUUUGAAGAAAAAUCUGAUGAAGCAGCUGCUUGAGGAAGACAAACGCGAGGCCGGUGAAGACUUGAAGGGGGGAAAAGCAACCAAGAACUCCAAGCCGGAUUCGUCACACGUUCAGGUGCGAGUGUCCUACCGUGACGAAAGGAAGCCAAGCGACAAGCCAAAGGGGCCAGUACUUAUUCGCAGAGGUGCUGCAGAUGCAGUGGAGGAGUUUCUGGAUUUGGCCAAGAAGAAGUUGAACAUCAACGGGAAGAAGAAGCUGUGGAUCUACAAGCAAGGCGAUGUGCAAGUGCCGCUUGACAAGACUUCAGAUUUGGCGGACAACUCUGUCUUGGUAGUCUCCAUGAGGGAUGUAGCCUCCUCACAGCCAGUUGAGCAAGAGGAGCCAAGCGAACAGCCGACCUCGUUGAGUGAAGAGAAGGAGGCGUUCCAGAGCGCCCCAUCGAUGCCCGACCUGGAGACGGUCCGAGCGGCGUAUGCGCAGCGCGCGGCAUCGGCUGCCCCACCUCUGACUCCAGCAGAGCAGAAGUCAACCAGCGGAGACCUUUUGCUCGCCUGGGAAUCGUAUCAGGAGAAAAGGGACCUGCUGCGAGCCCGUGCUUCCUUGCCGGCAGCAGAGGUUCGUUCUUCCUUUUUGGAAGCUCUGGAUUCGAACCAAGUGGUCGUGGUAGCUGGCGAGACUGGCUCUGGGAAAACAACCCAAUGUCCCAACUUCAUAUUGGAGGCAGCAUCAGCAGAAGGCCGAGGGGGAGAAGUGUCAAUUGUUUGUACUCAGCCUCGAAGAAUUGCAGCUGUGGGAGUUGCAACUCGGGUCGCAGACGAAAGAGGAGAAAGUGUGGGCGGCCAUGUGGGCUAUGCUGUGCGACUGGAUGCCAGAGCCACGAGGUACACUCGUCUUCUCUUCUGCACCACUGGUGUCCUGCUGAAUCGUCUCAAUGCCUCACCGGACCUUGAAGGGGUCACCCACAUCGUGUUGGAUGAAGUGCACGAAAGGAGUCUUCACACCGACUUCCUUCUCACCAUCCUGCGGGAAUUACUGCACCGACGACGUGAUUUAAAGCUGGUUCUCAUGUCUGCGACUAUGCAGCAGAGCAUUUUCUCGGAUUACUUUGCUGGUUUGGUUCAAGAUGGGAAGGUGCCUGUCAUCAAUGUCUCGGGCCGAACCUACCCAGUGACCGUGCGAUAUGAAGGGCAUGUGCAGGCUGCCUCCAAAGGUAGCCCGAUGCCAGCUGCUUCCCCACCUGAGAACGUUGACGAGGAUGCGGACUUUGAAGCGGAGGUAAAGCGGCAAUAUGGUAGAGGUGCUAAGGAAGUGCGCAUUUCGCCAGCUGUCCGAAGCAGCUGCGACCUCCGCCAGAUCGCCAGCCUUUGUGCUACCAUCCUCACAGGGAAGUAUGAGCCUGAUGACGAGAGUGAUCGUGAAGGCGGCUCAAUCUUGAUCUUCCUUCCUGGCCAUGCUGAGAUUGAGAACUGCAUCAGUCAGCUCCGUGGACAGCGAGGAGUAGGUGAACGUGCCUGGAUUCUGCCCCUGCAUGGCUCCAUGUCGGUGCAGCAGCAACAGCGAGUUUUCAAACGUCCACCGGUGCAGCUCCAAGUAUGGGAGGUGCUCCUCAUCAGCUCAACCCAUGUCACAAACGAAUCGCUUCGAUUAGCUCACGCGAUUCCAUACGGAAAAUCUCAAUGGUCCAGCUUUGAAGCCAUGGCUCCAGUGGCAGAUUCCAAUGCUCCAACGGUGGCCAUAUUCUAUGGAUCCCAAACAGGCACAGCCGAAGAGACAGCGUGGGAGCUAGCACGGGAAGGGCGGCGGAAAGGCUAUGCCAUGGAGCCACAGGCUAUGGAUUCUUGGCUACGUAGCAUCAGUUUCGCCAUCUUCGUGGUCUCUACCACUGGCCAAGGUGAUCCACCGCUGAACAUGCGGCGCCUGUGGCAAGAAAUGCUACCAGCCACACUGCCGAACACGCUGCUUGAGAGAUUGUCCUAUGAAGUCUUCGGCCUUGGUGACCGGCGCUACCGUGAGUUCAACUAUGCAGCAAGAAAGCUCCAUGCACGACUUCAAUCUCUGGGUGCCACGCCGUUUUUCCGUCUGGGCUUGGGUGAUGACCAGCAUGACUUCGGGAUGGAGCAGGAACUAGACCCAUGGUGUGAAGGCAUGUGGGAGGCUUUGAAGCUCCCGCCAGGGCUUCCAGAUCCUGAUGUCGACCUUCGUUAUGAGGUUGAGGAGCUGGGCGAAACGCAGAAUGGGCAGAAUGGGCAGAAUGGGACUGCACAUGACGACUUGCCCGAGGAUGGAAGUUUUUGGGCAGAUCUACUGGACAAAGAGAGCCUGUGCACAGCUGCCUCGGAUGUCGAUGUGUGGAAUAUCCGGCUGAGGCUACCUCAUGGCGAGCACUACGCAGCUGGAGAUGUCUUAGUAGUGUGGCCCCGAACCGAGCCCAGCCUGGUGAAACGCUUCGUGGUGGAUACCCUGGAGCGGUCCCUCAAGGAGCCCGUUCGCAUUCGGCCAAGAAGUCCAUCGUCAGCAUGUCCAUUCCCGUCGCGACCGAUCACGCUCGAAGAAAUCUUCAGUCGCUACAUUGAUGUCACUGCGGUGCCCAGCAGACACUUCUUCCACGUGCUUUCGCUCUAUACUUCAGAUGAGCUUCACAAAAAGAAACUCAGUGAGUUUGCAUCUCGCAGUCUCGAGGCCAAAGAUGCCUUGUAUGAGUAUUGCAAGAGAGAACGUCGGUCAGCUGCAGAGGUAAUGUGGGACUUUUGGACUGCAAGACCUCCGCUGAAUGCUUUGAUCAGUGCUUUGCCCUUGCUUCGGCCUCGGCGCUACUCCAUUGCCUCCUCUCCUGGGUGGGCAGGCUGUGGCCGGUCCACAGCAGCCUGGUCGCUGCUGUCACGGCCAUUUUGGUGGAAGGCAACGACUUCUAGCUGUAUGUCCCGGAUCAUGGCAGACAUUUGGGGCGAACGUGCACCGAAAGGCCUUUCUGAGGAUUUGGACCUGUGUGUUGGCAUCGUGAAUUCUGUGACUCGCAGCAACCGAGAGGUGAAAGGCUUGUGCAGCAAUUUCAUGAAAGAUGCCCUUGUUGGUUCGCGAUUUCAGUGCAGUUUGGAGAAGGGCACGUUGCAAUUGCCACCCCUGCAGGUCCCUUUGAUCUUGGUUUGCCCGGGCACUGGGCUCUCCCCGUGCCGUGCGCUGGUGCAAGAGAGGCACCAGCAAGUGAUGACAGCCAAGUCUCUUCCGGCAAGGUUUCAACAUGGUCUCAAAGAUCUGAUGUUCCUGGGCUUUAGGCAUCAGGAUGGAGAUUUCCUCUAUGGCCAGGAAUGGUCGACAUUCAGCAGCUGGCUGUCAAUCCACAUUGCCUUUUCACGGGACCAUGAGGACAAGAAGGUGUAUGUGCAAGACCUGAUUGAAGAGCAAGGGCAACAUGUGUGUAAGCUGCUCGAUGCUGGUGCAAUGAUUUUUGUAUGCGGACGUUCGCACCCAAUGCCAUCACAAGUCUUCGACGCUUUUGUGGAAGUCUUGGAGCUGAAUGGCAUGGCAAAAGAUGCCGCAGCCAAUAGGAUCCCAGCUGUACAUUUGCGACACCUGGGGUUGAAGCCUUUGCCUCCGAACUCUGUGGCUGCAGUACUAGUGCUGUACGUUGGUUUGGCAAGGUUCUCCACCGUUUGGGUGAGCCAGGCAGCUGCCAAGCAACGCGCUGGCCGGGCUGGGCGUACUCGGCCAGGUGUAUGCUGGCGCUUGUGCCGGCAAGACUUCUUCGAAAAAGAGCUGCCAAAGCACACGCUUUGUGAGAUGCAGCGAACCCCUCUAGAGGAGCUGGUGCUCCAACUGCGGCUGCUGCAGUUGGGAGACCACCCCGGUGACUUCCUGCGCCGCGCGCCCGAGCCCCCGGCCUUGGAGGCAGUGGAACGCGCCAUUCGAGCUUUAGUGGCAAUUGGUGCACUUGAGAACGACUCACAACUUCGACUGACUCCUUUGGGUUUCCAUUUGGCUCACAUGCCAGUGGAUGUUCGCAUUGGUAAGAUGUUGGUCUACGGAUCGCUUUGCAAGUGCUUGGCCCCGAUUCUCACAAUUGCAGCCUGCUUGUCACAGAGAUCGCCAUUCAUACGAAACUUCAAUCGGACAAAAGAGGAACAGCAAGUGCAAGAACGGCAAAACGCAUGGGGCGAACUGCACAGUGAUCAGCUAGCCGCUGCAAAAGCUUAUGAAAAGUAUCAUGAGCAAAGACGGCAGGGCUCUCGUGAAAAUGCUUGGGCCAUUUGUGACCGCUUUGGUCUCUCUUCUUCGACUCUAGAUGAUGUUGCGCAGUUGCGGCAGCAAUUCCUUCGCCACCUCGCUGAGACGGGCUUUGCAAAUGCUGAAGCGGGCGAGGACGGUGGCGACCAGGUAAAUGUUCAUCAAUACAAUCUGUCCUUAGUGCGCUGUGUGAUGUGCGCUGGCCUUUUUCCCAAUGUGGCACAAGUGCAGCGCCAAAGUCAUGCACGGGGCACGUACCACAUUUUUGUGAGCCGGCAGCGCGAACGUUGCGCGCCUCAUCCUUCUAGCUUGAAUUUUCGCCAAGGAAAUGAGUUUGCCGCCAACCAUGGGUGGCUACUCUUUCAUGACAAGGUGAAGACUUCCCAGGUCUACCUUCAUGACACCACUCUUGUAGGCUCCUUGCCGAUCCUGUUGUUUGGUGGCGAGCUGAAGAUCUUGUCCAAGGAGCGGAAGUGUGUGACAGUCGAUGGCAUGGUCUUUGAGACCAAGGAUGAAAAGGCGGCAGUUCUCUUUAAAGAGUUGCGCCGGGAGCUUGACCGUUUGUUGCUCCUUAAAGUUGCGAAUCCAUCGGAAGACUUGGCGACUUCAGCAGAGCCUUUGCUCCUGACAGCCCAGGUGUCUUCACAUCUUACCCAUCAUGUCAUCAUGAUGUACCGCUACAUCAGACGCCCUGUCUGCGUUUGUGCUGUUUUGGUGCAUGCUGCUUGUGGUGCCAAGCAGUAUAAUGAGCUGGGAGCAGCAGUGAAGGGCACUUCUGUGCUUCAGACCCAACAUCAGGUAGAAGUAUCGCAGCAGGUGCAGAAGUCAUCCUGCAAUGAAAGCGAGGUCUUGUGCGAGGGCACCUUCUACAGCUUUUUCCCUUGGGACUACACCUGUGCAUCGCACAAAGAAGGAUGCCCAGUGUCCUGCCGGAGCGGCGAACAUGUUUGCACCACGCCUCCCAUGUGUGAGAACUGCGCAGCUGUGAAUUACUGCUCUGGCCAACCCUGCCCAACGGUCUGCGGCUACGAUCAGCUGCUUUGCGAUAGUCCUGGAAAGGGGACCGACCCAUCCUGCGCCGACAAGGAGACAGGUUGCCCCGUGGUUUGUGCUGAGAUUGAUUACCAGUGCCAUACGCCGCCAAGCUGCGAGGGCUGCACAGCUGUGAACUGGUGCUCGUCUGCGCCAUGCCCUGCAAAUUGCAAGGACCAUGAAAUCUCCUGCUCGGCGCCUUCUGGCAGCUACUGUGCGGACUUUGAUCAGGGAUGUCCAGCUACCUGCAAGAACGAGGAGUACGAGUGCAAAAGAACCGGCCUAAAAGCUGGACAGGCAGGAGUCCAUUAUUGCUCUCCGGUCCCGUGCCCGCCAGUGUGCAAUGAGACGGAAGUGCCCUGUGGGGACAGCGAUGAGGUUGAAUUCUGCAUGCCAAAGGAGCAGGGUUGCCCAGUGAAAUGUGCAGAUUCCCAGUAUACCUGUUCUUCACCGCCGGAGUGCGACAACUGCACUGGAUUGAACUGGUGCUCUGUAGCUCCGUGCCCAGUGCUGUGCAAGGUGCAUGAGAUUUCAUGCAGCAGGGGCAACGGCAGCAACUUCUGUGUGAACCGCACCGAAGGUUGCCCCGUGGACUGUAGUUCAGAGGAAACUGCAUGCCACUGGCCUCCGCUGGCACCAAAUCACCAGGGGAUGAAUUGGUGCUCCAUGGAGCCAUGCCCUAUGACUUGCAAUAGCAGUCAGUUGGCAUGCCCGCAGGAGGACGGCAGCGGAGUGUGUGUUGAUAAGGCAGAAGGCUGCCCGGCGAAGUGCCACGAUGGCGAGUUCUCUUGUCAUGCUCCGCCACCUGAGGAGGGCGGCUACGGCAGCAACUGGUGCUCCACGGCACCGUGCCAGCCCAACUGCACCAAACAUGAAGUGGCUUGUGGGAAUGCCGACCACGUCUACACCUGCUUCGCCAAGUCAGAUGGAUGCCCGGUGAACUGCAGUCACGAUGAACAUGCUUGCCACAGUGUUGCAGCUUGUAAGGGUUGCGUCGCUGUCAACUGGUGCUCGACGUCAACGUGUCCAUCAGUUUGCGCUGAGGAUGAGAUUGCUUGCUCCAUUUAUGGCCAGAAAAAACAUGGAAAAGGUGAAGGCGGUGAAGCUAAGCACAGCACGUUCGAUUGCCGACCAAAGAAGGAUGGUUGUCCAGUGGAUUGUGGACACGACGAGAAUGCCUGCUUCACUCCACCAGCUUGUGAAGACUGCCUGGGCAUGCACUGGUGUUCGAAAGAACCUUGCCCCCUCGUGUGCAAUUCUACUGAAAUGGGCUGCUUGUCGGCGAACGGCACCGAAUUUUGUGUGGAAACCACGGCUGGUUGCCCGGUCAGCUGCAGAGAUGAGGAAUAUGUUUGCCACCUCCCACCGACGUGCGACGAGUGUGUGGGCACCAACUGGUGCUCUGAGUCUCCGUGCGCUGCGACUCUGUCAGAACGGUGACUGGAGUCUGGAGAGCCUUCGGGCAGAUGGAUGAAACAAGAAAGGCCAAAAAAGA